AUGUUCUCCGAAUCUAUUGUAACAACUGAAUUGUCGUUAGUGAGUAAUUCGAAUAGUUCAGUUUACUUUAUUUCAUUACCAACUAAUGAUAUACAAUUGACUACAGCUGUCAUUGAAGAAACUACUAGUAAUUUUACAGGUCUAUGGUAUAAUCGACCUAUGUUUAGUCCAUGUGCAUCGUGGUAUCCAAACGCGAUUACAUUUGCAAAUGAAAGCACACUUGGCUCCCAAACUCAUGGGAUCUUUAUCGAUACAUACAAUACUAUCUAUGCUAGUAGCUGGUCCCCCAGUGUCGUUAAAGUAUGGCCUAAUGGUAGUUCAACUGCCACAAGAACUAUUCAAGGUGGCUUGUCUGGGCCAUACAGUUUAUUUGUUGCAAUGAAUGGUGAUGUUUAUAUUGACAAUGGCGCGUCGAAUGGUCAAGUCGACAAGUGGAUAUCAAAUGCUACGAUCGGAACGCGAGUAAUGAAUAUUAGUGCACCAUGUUAUGGUCUCUUUAUUGACAACCGUAGCACAUUAUACUGUUCCUUAUCUAACUUAAACAAAGUAUUGAAAGUUGAUCUCAUCAGUGUUUCAGGCAUACCAGUGAUGAUAGCUGGAAAUGGUUCGAGUGGAUUGACAUCAUCGUUGCUCGAUUAUCCUUGGGGAAUCUAUGUUGAUACAGACUUCACUUUGUAUGUAGCAGAUUGUUACAAUCAUAGAAUUCAACGAUUUGGAUUCGGUGAAUUGAAUGGUACAACGGUAGCAGGAGGUAUGGCAUCGGGAACCAUUUCACUCAAUUAUCCAACUAGUAUUGUGCUUGAUGGAAACGGAUACCUAUUCAUCAUGGAUACUAGCAAUUAUCGUAUUGUUGCAUCGAGUUCUGCUGGAUUUCGAUGUGUCGCUGGAUGUUCAGGUUCUAGUGGAUCAACAGCAGACAAAUUAAACAAUGCUUGUUAUAUGGCAUUUGAUACAUAUGGCAAUAUUUUCUAUUUAUUAACUACGGCACGUAUAGUUAUUCGAUCAGGUGAUCAAAAUUGGAAUAUUAGUGGUGGUAGUAGUGGUGAAGUAUGGAAUGGAUGGAGUCACGUUAAAUCUAAAGAUAAUUUCUGGGGAUGUGGAAAUAAUUUUCGAAUGACUUUACAAAAAGAUGAUAUGAUAUGUACAUAUCGUGCUUCCUAUUAUUAUCGAAGUUUCGAUAUAGUUAAACUCAAUGGUAAAUCAGCAGGUGGUUCAUUCUAUUAUGAUCGAACUAAAUCUAAAGAAGAAGUAUAUAACGCAUUCGUCGAGUUUAUUGAGAAGCAAAUUGCUGCUCAGAGUGAAUAA